AUGGAAAAAGGAAAAGAACAUUCAUCUACCAUAAGACCAUCUACCUCAAAUCCUCCAUCUGUGGACAUACCAUCAACUUCUCCAAACAUCCCAAUGCACGGUUACUAUCGACCCUCAUCCGCGGAUAUACCAUUAACUUCUCCAAACAUCCCAAUGCACGAUUUCUAUGGAGCAGUGCCUGUGUGGUCACCGGGUUUUCUCCCAUUUCCCGCUGUCAACCAAUAUCCAAGCAAUAUACAGAAUGCUAGUUAUCCAUUUCAACAUGGCAUGGAAAGCCAGUUGUCUCUCACCAAUACCUCCGUUACAAGCAGAUUUCUGGGUACGGAGGAUACUAGACCCUCAGUUGGGGAAACUCAAUCGGCAACUACAUCUUCUAGAGUUGAAGAAAUUCAUCUUGAUAGACGAGAUGCACAAGAAAUCGAGUGUGGUAGUGCCGAAACAUCUGAGAAAGUGGAAAUGGAUGGUGAUGAUGAGCCCGUUUCGGGGAUGGAAUUUAAUUCAUUAGAAGAUUUAAUGAGUUAUUAUAAGGAAUAUGGCAAAAAAUGCGGGUUUGGGGUGAUGACAAAAAGGAGUGAGAGGGGAGAGGAGGAGACUGUGAGAUAUGUCACUCUUGCUUGUGCCCGUGGAGGGAAGGCCCGGAAUAGGACUAUAAAUGUCGCCAACCCACGUCCGAUAGGAAAGACGGAAUGUAAGGCAAAAAUUAAUGCCUUAAAAGUUGCUGACGGAAAGUUUCGGCUGACUACAGUUCACAAUCUCCACAACCACGACCUCAGUCCAAAGAAAUCUCGCUUCUUUCGAUGUAAUCGAGAAGUGAGUGAAUCUGUUAAAAGGGUCUUAGAUACAAAUGAUUUGGCCGGCAUCCGAAUGAAUAAGAGUUUUAGGUCUCUUGUUGUUGGCGCGGGUGGUUUUGAGAACCUCCCGUUUUUGGAAAAGGAUUGUCGUAACUACAUCGACAAGGCACGACAUCUACGAUUGGGCGCAGGUGGUGCUGGAGCGCUUCGAGACUACUUUCUACGAAUGCAGUACAAAAAUCCGGGGUUCUUUGCACUAAUGGAUUUGGAUGAUGAAGGGAGGUUAAAAAAUGUUUUUUGGGCAGAUCCCCGUAGUAGAGCAGCCUACCAAUAUUUCGGGGAUGUCGUAACCUUCGACACCACCUACUUGACGAACCGAUAUGGGAUGCCCUUUGCGCCAUUUGUUGGUGUAAACCACCAUGGGCAGUCAAUUUUGUUGGGAGCUGGAUUGAUUUCCUCUGAGGAUACUGAGACCUUCGUUUGGUUAUUCCAAACUUGGUUGCAGUGUAUGGAUGGUAUAGCACCAAAGGCUAUUAUCACUGACCAAGACAGAGCCAUGAAGAAUGCAAUUGCAAUUGUUUUCCCAGAAAGUCGACAUAGAUUUUGCCUGUGGCAUAUCCUUAAGAAAGUCCCUGAAAAGCUUGGCUGUUAUGGUUCUUACAAAGGUGGAAUGAAAACUACACUGAUGAAAUAUGUGUAUGACACACAAACGCCCGAAGAGUUUGAAAAAUGUUGGGAUGAGAUGAUUAGUACGUACAACUUACAUGAUAAUGUCUGGUUGCAGAGUUUAUACACUGAGCGUGAGCAUUGGAUACCGGCCUUCUUGAAAAAUGUAUUUUGGGCUGGAAUGAGUACAACACAGAGGAGCGAGAGCAUGAAUGCAUUCUUUGAUGGUUAUGUUCAUGCUAAGACAAAUUUGAAAGAGUUUGUUGAUCAAUAUGAUAAUGCGUUGAAAAAGAAGAUUGAGAACGAAAAUUGCGCGGACUUCCAGUCAUUUAACGUCACAAUUCCCUGCAUCUCGAGAUCUCUAAUUGAAAAGAGAUAUCAACAGCUGUACACAAAUGUUAAAUUCAGGGAAGUUCAAAUACAACUUACCGGCAUUAUUGACUUGGACCCAGUUUUACUUAAAGAGGACGGUACAGUGAAGACCUAUCUGGUAGAGGAUGAAGUUCAUCUCGAAGAUUUCACUAAGCUGGUUACACAUUCAGUGGAUUUUAGUGAUGACGAUGCAGUCGCCAAGUGUUCUUGUGGUUUAUUUGAAAUGAGGGGGAUAGUAUGCAGGCACAUCUUCGCCGUCUUCAAAUGUAACGGGAUUAAUACAAUACCAGAUAGGUACGUGCUGGAUCGAUGGAGGAAAGAUAUCAAAAGAAGAUACACGUUGAUCAACAGUAGAUAUGACGCAUGUGAUCAACGGGAAGAUGCUAAUAGAUAUUCAAGUCUGUUGAAUAUCUGUUAUAAGAUGAUUACUUGUGCGGCGAGUUCGAAAAAGCAUACUGAGGAUGCAACGACUAAGUUACAUGCGAUGAUUGCAGAGUAUGAAGGGAACCAAGAACCUCCAUCGAUGACUGAGAAGUGUGGAAAUGUUGAUGCCGCGACAAAUGACACAUCGACAUAUCGUAGUUCAACAAAAGUACUCAGUCCACUUGUUGUGCGAGGAAAAGGCAGACCCCCAUCUCUGAGGAGAGUAUCCAGGAUGGAGAGAGAACUGCGAAAAGUUAAGGAGAAGAUGAAGAAAGCGCAGGGGAAGGGAAAACGCAAACAGCGAGAUGGGGAAGAGAAUCCAGUAGUGGACACUUGCAGGAAGCUAUUUGGCCCUUCCGAUUUGGACGUCUCCAAUGUUGGACACCUGCAGGAGGCUAAUGCAAAAAGCAUACCAGCUGUUGAGUUUAGUCAAACCCAGCCUCGAGAAACAGUACUUGAAAGUCAAGAAAGCAUGCAAUUUCGGUUUGAUGAAUCACAACCACAACAAUGAUAUGAUUAUUGUGGUCAUUUUGUCAUUCAGCCUUUGACUAGAACACACUCCAUAUUAGCGUAUGGAGUUGGUUUUUUGUUUUUUUUCACUUGCCAACAAGCGGACACUUGCCAAGAAGGAUGGGUUUGUUCAUGUGCCGUUGAUUUUAUGUUCAUGCUUAAUUG